CCCGAUCGAUCGAUCGAUCUCUUCCGUGGCAUCUCCGCCCUCUCCACCAUUUCGCGUCUCCUGCUCAUUCCUUUCCCUCGCCAUGACGCGCGCCGCUUCCUUCUCCCAUCACUCUCAGCAGCAGCAUCAGCAUCUACGCAAGCGCACUGUUCACGGCUCGUUCGCGCGAGCGCGAUGCGCAGCUCCGAGGAGGCCGCGGCGGCGGAGGAGUCAGCCGGGCCGGGUUCUUCCGCUGAGCCCCCGCGCAUUGGAGGAUCAUGCGGUCGUGAUGAAGAAGUAGGCUCGCGGCCGCAGAACGCGGAAGGAGUCGGGCGCGCGGCGGUGCAGGUUGAAACGAUGCCGCCGGCGCCGGCUCUGAAUGGACCUGCGGAGCCUGAGGUGAGAGCUGUGAGUUUGGCUGUGUCGGCGGCGCCUGAUGUGGGAGCGCAGAGUUUGGCGGCGUCGGCGGCGCCUGAGGUGACAGUGGAGAGUUUGCCUGCGCCGCCUGCGCACCCGCACCCGGCGCCGAGGCCGUGGUCGUGGUCGGGGAUCCCGUGGAUGAGAGUUUUGCUCGGAGGCCUGCUUGCGGCGGCGAUCGGUUACGCCUUCUACAAAUGGGGGCUACCCCUCCUGUCAGAGAAGGUGCUCUUGCCGAUCAUGCGAUGGGAAGCAACAUCUUUUGGCCGCCCUGUGUUGGCCAUCGUGCUGGUUAUCUCUCUGUCCCUCUUCCCUAUCGUGUUCCUGCCUUCUACACCGUCGAUGUGGUUGACAGGAAUAAUAUUCGGCUACGGCUUGGGAUCCUUGAUCAUCAUGUCCGGCACUGCCAUCGGCAUGUCCAUACCGUAUUGGAUCGGCUCCUUGUUCCUUCAUCGUUUUCAUGGAUGGUUAGAGAAGAAAUGGCCUCAGCAGAUAGCUCUGAUUAAGCUGGCUGGCAAAGGGGGCUGGUUCCAACAGUUCCGGGUGGUUGCGUUGCUACGGAUCUCGCCGUUCCCGUAUACGUUGUUCAACUAUAUUGCAACCAUCACCCAGAUCAAGUACACCCCUUAUAUUUGUGGUUCAGUUGUUGGAAUGGUGCCUGACACGCUGGUCAACAUCUACAGUGGCCGGCUGAUACUCAAACUGGCGGACCUGAAGUAUGACAAGCGUCGCAUGACAACGGUGGAGAUAGUAUACAACGUGAUCUCUGCUGUUGUUGCCGUUCUCAUAGGAGUUGGAUUUACGAUCUACGCAAGAAGAGCAUUGGAUGGCAUACAAAGUGAGGAAAGCACGCGCCAGCCUGAACCUACUGCCAUCCCGACUGGCCCUGCGUCUGAACUCAGAGGUAGCCAUCGAAGUGCUAGCUCCAUACCAGUAGAUGUUGUAUAGUUGCAUGCGGUGGAUUCGUUUAAUGGAGAAGACAUGCAUGCGGUUCAAGGAUCCAGCUAGACUUACAGGAUGGUCUGCACUAACCAGCACUUGUGUUGGCUCAGUUUGCAAGAUCAAGGGGUCAGUUGUUUUAACUGUAGCUCAAGGAGUGUGGAUUUAGUCGACCCGCUUCAUGUAGGUGGAAACAUACAAAGAAUAGAAGAAAAACAGAAGUGAAGCUUAGGUUCCGUUUGGUGUUGCGGUGGCUCGAUCAUUAGCAUUUCUUUCAUUUUUGUGGAUAUUAUAGUCAGUUAGAAAGAUCUCUCUCUUACAAAUAAAAAGCUUACUUUACUUGAAUUAGUAGAGAUUUUUUGUGGUUGUUGCUUA